UAACCAUCACAUAUUGUUCAGUCAUCCCAUUUUAAUGUCAAAAUGAACUUUUUUGUGCCACCAAACAGGAACCUGAACGGUGAGGUCACGUGACUAUCGUGCCUGACGAUAUUUCAAUAACUGCAUAGUUUAAAAAAAAAAAAAAACCUCGAAAGUGUGAUAGUGGGGGGUGGGUGUCAUUUUUAUGAGUCACGUGAUGUGUUUUUGCUCACAAAGCGGGUGUCUGGAAUUGAGUUUGGCAUAUUUGCUGUGGAAAAAAAGAAUAACCUGCUACAUGGCCCGGUAUUUGUACCGGUGCUGUUGUUUUACGCAACUACCGAAACAGACUGCAUGACGAGAGAGUUUUGCGGGACCCCCUGACAAACACCUGCUGCCUGAAUAUGCAAUCGUUUGAAAGUGACGACCGCUAUGUGAUGGUCAAGCACACCAGCAUCUACCCGGACCCCGAAAACCUGGAGGCAAUCCAGACUCUGGUGUCCACGGUGGAAACCGCCCUCAAGAAGGUCUCUGAUUGGUUGGACGGCCUCAACAGCUCCCCUGGUACCAUUACCAUUGACGAGGGCGGUGAGGACAAAGUGGUCCACUAUGCUGUUGACGGAACCAAGCUGGACACGGCAUCGACAUUGUGCAGUGUGACACGAGUGGGUCUGCUAUCCAAGGGUUUACUGAUCAAGGGGGACAUGGACCUGGAGCUAGUGCUCAUGUGUCAACGGAAGCCAACCCAGCUUCUGCUCUACACCAUCUGUGCCGUUCUUCCCCAAAGAAUACAGGCAUCGAGUGAGGACAAGUACGAAGUGCGCUCGUGCGUGGAAGAGGCGGCAAUCUUUGUGUGUAGCAAAUCCCCUUACUUCACGCUCAAGAUCACCCUCACCUCCUUGGACAUGAGGGCCCCAGUGCUCUUGCCAGUCAUUUUCCCUCCAGAGGGAGGCCUUCACACAGAGGUGACUCCAGAGAGCAACGAGGACAGAGACGUCCUGGACGAACACAAGUGCCGAGCGGCACUAGCUGCGCUACGACGAUCCAACUGGUUCCAGGCCACAGUGUCACAUGUCAAAUGUUGCGUGGUGGUCUUGAGGCUCCUCAGAGACAUGUGCAACACAAUGACAGAGUGGAGGCCACUCAAAGAAUGGCCACUGGAGGUCAUCUGCCAAAAGGCCAUCAGCACAUGCAGUCGGGCUUUGGGCCCGGGGGAGGCGCUCAGGCGUGUCAUGGAGUGCAUUGCCUCUGGGAUUCUACUGCCUGGAGGUCCAGGAAUUUGGGACCCAUGUGAGAAGGAGCCGACGGACAUCUUGCUCAACCUCAAAAUCCAAGAGGCCGACGCCAUGACACGCAGCGCACAGCAUGCCUUAAGACUCCUGGCCUUUGGCCAGCUUUACAAGGUCUUAAACAUGGACCCUCUGCCCACCAACAAGUCUUCAUUACAGGUCUCGAAAGAUUGUCAGAAGCGGCCUCGAAAUGAAACUGCUCGGGAAGACAAAGACCUCGUGAAGAGAAUGAAAGUGCUGGACUGGCGCACGAUAGACCCAAACCACCCUACCAACGCUCUCAUGCGCCUCAACCAGAUCCAGCCUGGUCUCCAGUACCGUCUGCUGUCCCAAUCGGGCCCAGUGCACGCUCCCACCUUCACCAUGUCGGUAAAGGUCCAGGGAAUCAUCUACCGGGCCAGUGGGAACUCCAAGAGAAACACUAAAAUCCAGCUUGCCCUCAAGGUUUUACAAGCUCUUGGCUACGUGCAGAGCAACGACAGCGAUGCAGACUGGCCGGAUGCUGACGACAAGUCAGAUGGUGACAGAAGGAAGGACACAACGCCCAUCACUUCCUCCACAGACUCAAAGGAGUGCAAAGCUCCCGGUCCAGUGCUGACACCAGCUGGUAAAAAUCCUGUCAUGGAGCUGAAUGAGAAACGUCGUAGCCUCAAGUAUGAGCUGAUCUCGGAGAACGGUGCCAGUCACCACAAGCGCUUCAUCAUACGGGUGGUGGUGGACAAGAAGGUCUUCCAAGGGACGGGGCCCAACAAGAAAGUGGCCAAAGCCAACGCCGCCUUGGCCGCCCUCAACUGCCUUUUCACCAAAGCAGAGGCAGCCGGCGGCAAAAAGAACCCAACCAACACAGCUCCAAAGCGACCCACAUCCUCUACGCUGAUGCUCGCCACUCGGCCCGUCCUACUGCCCGUCACUCCCACGCUGCCCUCCUACCUCAGCACUCCGCUGCCAAUGCCCCCGGCCCUGCCCACAUACCUCCCUUCAGGUGGGCCUACUGGUUUUUGCACUCCAUUUGGCUUCAGAGGCACCUCCCCAAACUAUAGUGGCGUGUACAUGGAUGGCACCUGCUACCCACCACCAAGCUUGCCCACACCCAUCCUCGUCCACCUGAGCCCUCGAGAUUUCCUUUGACUCCACCUCCCUUGACACUAUUGGAUGAAGCCAAAACAAAGCAACUUUUUGA